UUGUGUGUUAAAAGAAAAGUAAGCCACAGUGCGUAUAAAUAAGCUCCAUAAAUCAUCUGAGUUUGCUGCAUUUUGUGUGUGUCAAAUUGCUAAAACAUGAGCAAAGGUAAAAGAACAGGUGUACACAACUCUUUCUUUCUUCAUUGCUUAACUUAUUUUGUCCCAGAAUUACAAUCUAUUAGUAAUAAACAAGACAGCAAAACUAUUGCAUCUAUUUUGGUCAAGAGAGGUUUACUUUAUGAGUCAUUGGACCAAUUGGAUAAAUGUCAACAAGACAUUCAGACAGCCUUCAAGAUGGAUCCAACAAAUCAGGAGUUGAGAAGCUUGUUGACGCGCGUAACAGCCUCAAAAGAACAUUCUGAAACUACAAAACAAGGCAACAAUGAUCCUCAAGUCGCUCAGUUUCAAGAAAUACUACACAAAUUGGAUACAAUCGACGUAAAUAGUGUAAAAUCCCUUGUGAGCUCAAACGACUUUAUAUCAAUAUUAACCUCAUGUGGCUCUUUGGAUACAUCACCUCGCGUCAAAAGCUUAGCUUUCAUGAUCCUUACCAAGCUAUUUAACCCACCUUCUCAAGCAGCAAGUAAAUACCCUCUUACGUUUAUCAUUGAAAAGUGUGCUACUUGUUUUUCAUACUCUGUCGGUCAGGGCAAAAAUGAGUCAAAACUGCUAGCUUAUCGUACUUUACAAGCUAUUUUUCAAACAAGCAUGACAGUGGGGUCCGCAAUCUUGUGCCAAGAAGGGACAGUGGAAGAAAUGAUGGAUACAGUAGAGUUUGAAAUAGUACCCGUUCAGAUAGCUAUAGCUGAGGUACUAAACAUCGCCUGUUCGGAUAAAAGUUGCCGCAAGCAAAUCUUAAAGUACGCGACAGACUGGCUAGCAAAGAUGGCAAGUCAAAACAAGACUGAUCCUCAUUUGAAAGCAGCAGCUGGAACCAUCUUGACAAAGCUGAAAGCUCAGUCUGAUAUACCAACCGAUGAACCAGCAGAGGGCAUAUCACCGGAUGGCUCAGUUCAUUCCGGCAAUCUGAGUGACUCCAUGCGCAAGAUGCAACUAACAAGCGAUGACUUAGUGAAUUCCUUGAAGCAGGUUAUCAAAUCAAAGUCAUCGGAUGCCAAUGUAGUGCUAAAUGCCCUUGAGGGUCUGGCAUACUCCUCUUUAAAACCAGAAAUCAAGGUAUCGUUAGGAGAGGAUGACGAAUUCUUAAAGUGCCUGUCAACAUUGGCAAUAAAUACUGUACGUGAAGAAUCUUCUACUUCAAAAAACCCGCUACUGUUUGGAAUUGGUACCAUCUUUGCCAAUGUUACUAUGUACCGACGUAUACUUAAUGAGCAAGAAAAGCAAAUGAAGAAGUUGAGGGAUCUGGCCAACGCCAAGCAGCGUCAAGCUGAGGGUAAACCAGCAGAAGUAAAUGAUGAUGAUGAUCCACGCGAACAAGACAGUGCUGUAGAAGGUCGUAUAAAUAAGGCAAUCAAGAACGGAGUCUCUUUGGCCAUGAUAGUACUGUCCAAAAGUAAUAGUGUUAAUAUUCGUGCAGUAGCUGCACAGACAUAUCUCAACAUUGUCACGCCCCAGCAGACACGUGGACAAUUGCUUCAGCAAGGUGUGCUUAAGGGUCUUCUUCCCCUAUCUCGUGAUGAAGGCACAACUGGCAUAAUCGCAUCCCAAGCUUUAGCCAAAUUAGCCAUCACAGCAGAUCCUCGCUUGGCAUUCCAUGGAGACACAGUUUUGGAUCUGGUCAGACCCUUUUUGAACCUUUGUAAAGAUUCUAGUCAGCUAAGGCAAUUUGAGGGCCUUAUGGCGUUAACAAACUUAGCUUCUGUUGAGGACCGUGUACGGUUACUUAUUGAAAAUGCAGAUGGCAUGUCUACUUUUGAAAACUUGCAACUUUCUAAUAAUGACAUGGUGCAGAGAGCAGCUACUGAAAUGGUCUGCAACAUGACCUUUUGUGACCCAGUAUUUGAACGCUAUAGUGACCCUAAAAAAUCUCAAAACCGCAUUCGACUUUUGAUGAUUCUAUCAGAUCAUGAAGACCCUGCAACUAGAAGAGCAGCAUCAGGUGCUUUGGCUAUAUUGUCCAAUAGUCCGGGAACAUGUGAAAUGAUUUUAAAGGUUGACAAGUGCUAUGAAAGAAUGGCGCGGUGGUUAGAGGCAGAAGAAACUGUAGAAGUAAAGCACAGAGGGAUCGAAGUCAUACGAAAGCAGAUAGUAGAGGGACUUUGUAAAGAAAGCAUAGAUAGAAAGCUGGUGGAUAUUGUAAAAAAUUGUAAUGUUCAAGUUCAAUUUUCGGAAAAUGGUGUGAAAAUAAGCACUUAAAUAAAACUAUCUUAUCUAUACAUUACAAGCAGACAAGGAGUUCCGCUACUUGUCACAGGUCAAUUAGUAUUGCUUUUCAU